CCUCCGACAGAUAAUUGGGAAGGGUUUCCAGAAGGUGGGAAAUGUCACCUGAUUCACAGUGAACUUUUAAAAGCUCCCCACCCCCAAGGAGCCGCGCACACCCUCGCUCGAGGCCGCCCUCCCACAGCCCCACACACUGGGAGACCGCCCACCGCAAACCGCGGAGACCCCCGUCUAGAUUUAAAGCGCGGCUGCGCCCGGCUUCUGACGUCCAUUGAAUCGCGCGGGCGGCCGGCGGUGAGCGCGGGGCUGAGCCCGGAUCUCUGCGCCCUCCGCCGCUCGCCUGUGAGACGCGCGCCACUCGCACCAGCCACCCCGCUGCCCGCCGUCGCCACCGCGCCCGCACCCCCGCGCCGCCGCCGCUCUCCUCGCCCCGCGCCUGCCCCCAGGAUGGUCCGCGCCAGGCACCAGCCCGGCGGGCUGUGCCUCUUGCUUCUGCUGCUCUGCCAGUUCAUGGAGGACCGUAGCGCCCAGGCUGGGAACUGCUGGCUCCGCCAAGCCAAGAACGGCCGCUGCCAGGUCUUGUACAAGACUGAGCUGAGCAAGGAAGAGUGCUGUAGCACAGGUCGCCUGAGCACCUCGUGGACGGAGGAGGAUGUGAACGACAACACACUGUUCAAAUGGAUGAUCUUCAAUGGAGGCGCCCCCAAUUGCAUCCCCUGCAAAGAAACAUGUGAUAAUGUGGACUGUGGCCUCGGGAAGAAAUGCCGCAUGAACAAGAAGAACAAACCCCGCUGCGUCUGCGCCCCAGAUUGUUCUAACAUCACUUGGAAGGGUCCAGUCUGUGGGAUGGAUGGCAAAACCUAUCGCAACGAAUGUGCCCUCCUCAAAGCCAGAUGUAAAGAGCAGCCGGAACUGGAAGUCCAGUACCAGGGCAAAUGUAAAAAGACCUGUCGGGAUGUGUUCUGCCCAGGCAGUUCCACGUGCGUGGUGGACCAAACCAAUAAUGCGUACUGCGUGACCUGCAAUCGGAUUUGCCCGGAGCCUACCUCCCCUGAGCAAUACCUUUGUGGGAAUGAUGGAAUCACCUACCCCAGUGCCUGCCACCUGAGGAAAGCCACCUGCCUGCUGGGCAGGUCCAUCGGAUUGGCCUAUGAGGGAAAGUGUAUCAAAGCAAAGUCCUGUGAAGACAUCCAGUGUACUGGUGGAAAAAAAUGUUUAUGGGAUUUCAAGGUGGGCAGAGGCCGCUGUUCCCUGUGCGAUGAGCUGUGUCCCGACAGCAAGUCGGACGAGCCUGUCUGUGCCAGUGACAAUGCCACUUACGCCAGCGAGUGUGCCAUGAAGGAAGCUGCCUGCUCCUCGGGUGUGCUACUGGAAGUCAAACACUCCGGAUCUUGUAACUGAAUCUGCCUGUAAAACCUGAGCCAUUGAGUCUUCAGAACUUUCUGCAGUGUUUGACUUCAUAGAUUAUGUUUCUUUAAAAAAAAAAAGUUUAAACUAUUGCAUAACAGCAGAUGCCAAAAACAAACAAAAAAAUAAUAAAAGCAUCUCACUGCAAGUCACAUAAAAAUACAACGCUGUUAUAUGGCUGUCUCAGGGGGCUUUGAACACAGGCACUGAGCUGCUUCCGCGCUGUUGUUGUCCACAUUUAAACAACAGCUCCCCUGUAUUCCCCCAUCUAGCCAUCUCGGAAGACACCGAGGAAGAGGAGGAAGAUGAAGACCAGGACUACAGCUUUCCUAUUUCUUCCAUUCUAGAGUGGUAAAGCCUCCACCAACCAAUGUUCAGUGUUGACAUAGCCUUUGAGCAAAAAAAAAAAGAAAGAAAAAAAAGAAAAGAAAAAGAAAGCAAAGAAAAAAUAUAUUGUCGAUACUGUAAAUAAGUGUAUGCUUAUUUAUUUGGGGGGAAACUAUACAUUAAAGAACCUUUGUCCUAAAGCUCUCUCCCAGGCCACCUUGGUUACUCAUUGGACAUGGAGAGGCGGUCACUGUGAGCUCUACUGGAUGAGGCCCAUAGUUGAGACUUGUAGACAUUUAUUUAUACUGUGUCAUGUUUUUCUAAUUUAUACAUACAAUGUCUGGUUGACUGUACACCUUGUUUUUGAAGAAAUUUAUUCGUGAAAGGAAGAGCAGUUGUUAUUUAUUGUGAGGUCUCUUGCUUGUAAAGUAAAAGCUUUUUUUUUUCCUUGUAAACCAUUUAAGUCCAUUCCUUACUAUUCACUCACUCACCUAUCUCCCCGCAUUUCACUGUUAGACCCUUUUCCACUUUUAACAAACUUGCAUGUCUGUUUCUGUCAUGUUUAUUUAUUGGAUUCUCUGCUGCCUGAUCUGUAUAUACAUGAUCCCUCGGGUUUUGUUUACAAGGAAUCUUGACUGACCAAAAGGCAUUAUAACUGACUCAUGAGACACGGUACAGAGGAUGUGCGUCUGCGGAAACUCCUGCUUCAGCGUUCUUGUAAGGAUGAAGACGUUGGUUGAGGGGGGGAAGGCAGUUGCUUUAGGAGUCUGGUGAUGCUCUCUCAAGAAGCUAUAGAUCCAAAAAAAUGGAAUGAUGUGGGUAGCAGGAGGCUAAAGGAAGGCAGAGGCUACACAUUCUACUUCCGUUUGGUGUUUCCUUUAAGCUGGUUGGCUGUACCUUUCAAAUUAGUUCUUUUUCAACCAAUGUGUCACUAAAAGUUAUAUUGAAGCUUUAUCAGUUCAAGUUUCUUGCUUUUCAUAAUACUUUUUUCUGAUGCAAUUUUAUAUUUUCAAACAUGGCAAGUUAAAUAUAAAUUCAUUUAAAUAUAUAGUUUUGUACUUUUCUACCAUGUAAAUGUGCAAUGUAUAUAAAAGUUAUAAUGUGUAUUUGUAAAUAAAUGAUGAGUGAAAAAAUAAAAAAAAUUUUAAAAAGCCA